AUAUAUUUUGGUAUUAUUACCAAAUACCAAUCAUCCACUUCCUCCUCUAUAGGAAACAAACCAUCAUUGCUCCAAACAAUCACUUUCAUCCUUGCAAAAUCUCUGAUUCUUCUUCUCCUUCUUAUUCUCUUUCUCUCACUCUCUUUUUCAUCUAUACAUAUAUACAUUCUCACACACACACAUAAGCACACAUACAAAUCUCUUUAUAACCUUUAAACUCUCCCCUUCCUAAUUUUCCCUCCACAGAAUCAUCACUCUCUGUUUCAUCAUCAGACAAAUGGAUUCUUCUUGUACAAACUCAGUAAACGGAUUCUACACCUUUCUAAACAAAUCAAUGGAAGAUCUCGAGAGAGUUUAUCUCUCCAACAGCUUCAUGUCCCUACAGUUCCUACAGAGAGUGAUCUGUCUCCUGAGAACCUCCCACUCUCACCUCACGCUUCUUGUCCAAAAACUCAACCUCCCUGUCGGCGACAAGUGGCUCGACGACUACAUGGACGAAACCUCCAAGCUCUGGGACGUCUGCCACGUCAUCAAAUCCUCUCUCUCCUCCAUGGAAAGCUUCUGCUCCGCCGCGAUUUCCGUCGCCUCCACUCUCGACGGCCACCACCACCACCACAACCGCCGUCAGGUGAUGCGAGCGAUAACUGGAUGUAGAAGAGAAGCGGUGGGGAUAGAGGAAGAGAACAGAGCUUUGAUGGAGAACCGCGUCCAAAGGUUUCCCUUUUGGUCGGAGCAAGUUACGACGACGGCGGCGAUGGAGUCGUCGAAGAUACAGAACGGGUUCAGCGGGUUCAGAGGAGUGAUGAACACGAUGAAGAGCAUGAACACUCUGUUUCUCACGAUCUUGACGCAAGGCCUUGUUUACAGCAUCCCCGGAGAGGCGGCGGCGGCGGCGACGGUGACGGCGACGGCGAUGGUGAGGCUGAAGCAGAGGGUGGCGGCGGAGAUGGAGAGGACGGGGGUGAAGAAAGGGGUGAUGAUGUACGAGUACAGGAGGAGCAAGACGGCGGUGGAGGAGCUGAAGGCGGAGCUCGAACGGCGGUGGUGCGGCGGCGGAGGAAGGGGAGAAGAGGAGGAGGAGGCGGAGAAAGGGUUGAGAGAGAGAGUGGAGAGUGUGAAAGUGAGUGUUGGGAGUUUGAGGAGUGGAACAGAGAGUGUUGUUGCUCAGAUUGAUGAUUUCUUUGAUGAGAUUGUUGAUGGUAGAAAAAUGCUUUUGGCUUUCUGUAGCCACAGGUGAGAAAAUAAAACACAAAGGUUUUAGGCUCUUUUAGAUUAAUCAGAAUGUUUAAUCUUCCAUGUUUUUAAUUUGUUUUAUAUAAUAUCUAUAAAAUUUAAGUGUUUCUAUAAAACCUUGAUGGGGUUCUUUAUAUA